GGAGGAGAGGGAGACUGCGGUGUUGUUAGUUUGAACAAAAUGGCUGCGAUACCCCUGUCAACGAGAGCUCACUGAACGCCUACCAUGAGUGUCCGCUCCGCUGUCUGGAUCAACACAGAAUGUAUUUCCCGGGAGUCGUUACUCAGUUUGCAUUCGCGGUAGCCAGCCCGUCGUUAGUCGUCCAACCGGCGACUUAAACAGAAACGUUUCUUUUGCACUUUAAAACAAGUUGGCUGGCUGGCUGGCUGUCGCGGCCGUCGGCUUUGCUGCGCGAGAACGCAACGGCGAUUUUUUUAACGAAAAAGGCCUGAUUUUUCCGGUUUGCGAAACCUCGCAACGGUCGACGACUUACAACGCCAACCAGCUAACGUUAGCUUACAUCAUUUAGCUGCUUUGAAUAGUCAUUUUAUUCGUGUCCGUUUUUUUGUUUUUGUUUUUAGUGGUGCUUCGCCCCUUUCCCCGCCCCCAAUUUAUCGUGACGUUUUAACAAUUUGAUUUUUGCCGACUAUAAUUACACCGUAUAGUUUUAUUUUUAUCUUUUUUUUCCCUUUUUGCUCAAAGCAUAAAUUACCGUAUUUGCUGUGUGUGUAGUCUAUAUCUGGCUGAGAAGCCGUUGUUUACCUCGGUAUCUUGUCACCAAGCUGCUUCAGCAGCAGUCGGCUUAUCUGCCAAGCCUGACUUUAAUUGCGACUAAAUCUCUGCUCCAUUUCUUUACGGGUAACUUUUGAAAAGACACCAGAGAAUGCUUUUUCUGCAUAUUUUUUUUGCCAUGCAUCAACCCCGAGAGCUGCCAAAGCUGUGAUAAACGCAAGCUGGGAGAAGCUAGCAACAGAAGAAAGAGAACCAUUUGAUGGAAGAAAAGAAAAAGAAAAAACAAGAAGACAAGACCAAGAAGAGAGAAGACAUCGCUCAGAAAAAGGCUGCCGAUCAGAAACCCAAAGUGCCAGAGCCUGCUCCCACUAAGCCCAGUCCCGGCCCAUCCCACCACCUCCACCCUGCCAGCCCCACGCUGUCCCUCUCCUCUUCCUCUUCUGGCAAUGGCAAGCGUGCUUCCAGCAGUAGCCAGCUCGCGACUCAGACUCCCCCUCAGCAGCAGUGCCAGUUGUCCUCUGCCAGUGCUCGCUACCCGCCCAGAGAGGUGCCCCCACGCUUCCGUCAGCAGGAGCACAAACAGCUACUGAAGAGAGGCCAGCCACUGCCUGCAGGAGCCCUCAGUGCUCUCACUAUCUCCUCUUCCUCUUCCUCCUACUCUUCACCCUCAUCAUCUUACUCUUCUUCUUCUACAAGUACCAGCAGCACUACCCCAAACUCUGCCACGUCCACUGCAGACAAACACCACCAAGACAUAUCCAACCAGAGCGGCCCUGGUGCCCAGUAUGAGACCUCUCAUUGGGGGGCCUCUGUACCAGUCGACAGCCCCUCCAGUGCCAACAGCUGGGACAAAGUGAUUAUUGACAGAAGUGACACAGAAGCUUGGCCCUCCAUCAGCUGCAGUAGUGACCCCAGCCACCCUGCAUUACCAGAAUGCCCCUUGGGCUCAGCUAGCUCAAACAUAGACACCAGUGCUGUCACUACCAGUAGGAGUAGUUUUCUGAGUAUGGCCACAGGUGCCGCCGGCCAGCAGGCCCACUACCCAUCUCUUAAAGCUAACAAUAAUAUGAUGACAGGACCUGGGUCAACCAGCACAUUAACGAGUAAUAGAGGCUGGGGCUCAGAAGGGAAACAAGAUGGUAUGAAUGGUGGGCGAGUUGGAGCGCCCAAUAACUGGGGUUCUCCCAAUUUUAACUUGAACCUCAACCCCAAUGCCAACCCUUCAGCAUGGCCCGUUCUUGGCCACGAGGGUGGAGGAGGCAGCGGUAUUGGCCCCAGCGGGGUGUCCAACUCUUCAUCCCUCCCGCCAGGUAUAAAUGGCAAUGGAAACAUGGGAAAUAGUAGCCUGGGAGGUGCUGAUAAUGUUGGGGGAGGUUGGGUUGGCAUGAUAAGUGCUAACGAAAAUGAUCAACAGCACCCUUCAACCAACGCAAACUUGUCCUUCAAUCUGGAAUCUGCAAACCUCAAGACUGAUGGACCAAACCACACUAAACCACAGCAACAAGCUCAGGAGCCUAUGAGCCCUAUCCAUGGUUUAACUGGCUGGGGAGGCCAGUCACCCACUGAAUCAUCCCAACUCAAUGGGGACACCACAGGCAGCUCAGUAUGGGGUAGUGGAGAGACCAAGGCAGCUGAUUCCCCCAAGGACUCAGGCUGGGACUCAACUCCCUCUGGAGGUCUUUCUGCCUGGGGUCGCCAAGGCAGUGGUGGUGGGAGUAGUGGAAGUGGUGGCUGGGGUGACUGGGGGAAAUCCUCCGGUGGUGGAGAUGCAUCUAAAGGCUGGGACUCAGUAGAUGCUGGUAGUUCUGGCUCUGGUCAAGAGCAGCAGAUUAGCUCAUGGGGCCAACAGCCUGGAACUGCCCCAGCAAGUGAGGAUAGUGGGGACAGCAGUGAAGGUCGAUCCCAUCGCAGAGACAGGUCCUCAAGUGUUGAGUUUGCCCCUGCGCUACCCCGGCAGGACCUGGAUCCCAGAGUGUUAAGUAACACCGGUUGGGGACAGACCCCCAUCCGACAGCAUACUGUAUGGGAGAUGGAAGAAGCCAACUCUGACGAUGGAAAGAGCAAUAGUAGCUCAGACACUAUAGGAGGCACCAGCUCUAAUGGUGGACCCUCGUCAAGCAAUGGAAGUAUCAUCAACCCUAAUAUUGGUCCCAGUCGAAGGCCUGGGUCUGGAGGAAAAAGUGACAAUGAAGGACCAUCAUCUUCUAGCUGGGGAGCUCCUCCACCUCAGCAAGUCCAGACUGGAUCAGGGUGGGGUGACACUCAACAGUCCCUCAGCAAAGCACCGAAUGGCACUACCAGUGGCUGGGGUGAUCCUUUGCCUGCCAGUGGUCCUAAAAGUGGCAGCACACCAUCCUGGGCUUCUGAAGACAAAUCACCCAGCUGGGAUGAUGGCAUGAUGAAAAACCAGCCUACUAGUUGGGGAGAGGGCCCCAAAAGUUCCCAUGGUUGGGGGAACAGUAAUGGGGGUUCUAAUGGCUGCAGCACAGGAGACUGGGGAGAGCCAGAUGCCAAAAACAAUGUGUCCUCCAGCAACAUGUGGGAAGGGGAAGGAGGUAAUGGAGGAAAUGGUGGAAAUGGUGGAUGGAAGGAAAGCCCAAGAGGAGGAAAUAGAGGAGGAGGAGGAGGAGGAGGAGGAGGCUGGGGCAAACCUGCUCCUGCUGUGAAUAAUAGCAGUUGGGGGGAGACUUCACGUGCCAAUGGCCCUAUGCAGGGAGGCUGGGGCUCUUCCAAGCCACAGGAAAGCAGCAGCAGCAGCACUGGCAGUGGAGGAGGUGGCAGCAAUUGUCCUUGGGGUGGUCCAGGUUCUGUGAAGCAGAACAGCUCGAGCUGGGGAAAUGUCAGCAAACAGGACCAGGGUAUGGAGCCUACUGGCUGGGAAGAACCCUCUCCUCCCUCCAUCCGCAGGAAGAUGGAGAUUGAUGAUGGAACAUCCACCUGGGGUGAUCCCAGUGCCUACAACAAGACUGUCAACAUGUGGGAUCGUAACAAUCCCAAUGGUAACACAGGCAACAAUGGCCCACCUCCUACUAAGAAUGGUGGAAUGAUUGUGCCCAACAAUAACAACAACAAUCACUCUGUUGGCCCUGGCACCAACAAUCACCAUCACCCUCACCACAUGCAUCACCAUCCCCACCAUGGCCAGCCCCCGAAUCACCUGCAACACCAUGGAAACAACAAUGGGUCACCGAACAUUGCUGCCUCACAUCCAAGUGCAGGCCCCCAGGGUAGACCUCCCCUCGCUAACCCAGGUUGGGGAGAGCUUCCUAGUGUUCAGCCCAAGUCAGAGCCUGCUUGGGGAGAGCCAGCAGCUCCAACUUCAGCUGUGGACAAUGGUACCUCGGCCUGGGGCAAGCCCCAAGGUGGGGUUGGAGGAUGGGGAGAUGGUGGCCAUGAGCCCUCUGCCCCCUAUGGCAGAGCCAAUGGACCCCCAGGUUCUGCACCUUGCAAGCCAGUCUCCAAACCUAUGCAAGAUGGCUGGGGAAGUGCACCAGAGGAGAUGGGCAUGUCUACCAGCCAAUGGGACACUGAGGAUGGGGAUGUAUGGAACAGCCCUACCUCCCAGGAGAGCAGCUCUUCUUGUAACUCUUGGGGCAAUGGCCCCAAGAAGUGCCCAAGCAAGGGAAAGAUGAGUAACAAGCCAGACGAGGCCUGGAUCAUGAACCGCCUCAUCAAACAACUCACUGACAUGGGCUUUCCGAGAGACCCUGCUGAGGAGGCAUUGAAGAGCAACAAUAUGAACCUUGACCAGGCCAUGACUGCCCUGUUAGAGAAGAAGACAGACUUGGACAAGCGGGGCAUGGGCUUAUCUGAUUACAGCAAUGGCAUGAAUAAGCCUCUUGUAUGUCGGCCCUCUGCACUCUCCAAAGACCCCUCCGACCGCGCCACCUUUCUGGACAAGGAUGGUGUCCUGUCAGAUGAUGCCCCCCCAUCACCAUUUUUGCCUUCCCCCAGCCUGAAGCUCUCCCUGGCCAACAGUAGCCUUCCUGGGCAGGGUCUGGGACAGGGCAACCCGGGGCUGGCCAUGCAAAACUUGAACAACAGACAGAUACCCAGUGGAAUGUUUGGCAGUAGUGGAGCAGCACAAACCCGGGCCAUGCAGCAGCAGCCUCCUCAGCCACCAGUGCCACCUCUCAGCUCCUCCCAGCCUAGUCUACGUGCUCAAGUGCCUCAAUUUCUCUCCCCUCAGGUCCAAGCACAGCUCUUGCAGUUUGCAGCAAAAAACAUUGGUCUGAACCCUGCACUUUUAACCUCACCAAUAAACCCUCAACAAAUGACCCUGUUGUACCAACUUCAGCAACUGCAAAUGGCGUACCAGCGUUUACAAAUCCAGCAGCAGAUGAUGCAGGCGCAACGCAAUGUUUCUGGCCCCAUUAGACAACAAGAGCAGCAAGUUGCACGUACAAUCACCAACAUGCAGCAGCAGAUCCAGCAGCACCAGCGUCAGUUGUACCAGGCGCUGCUGAUGAAGCAGCAGCAACUUCCCUCUCAUUCCUCCUCUUCCUCUUCCUCCACUGGUCUGCAUCCUCCUGGUGGCCCUACUGGAGGCCCUGGCUCCGGAAAAUCAACCAUGGACCCUUUUGCAGGCCCACACCAGGCUUCAGGCCUCGCCGACACACUGCACACCAAAGAGCCACCGUCUUCUCCCAACGCCUACACCACCUACUCUCUCUCUGGACUGAAUCCAAACAUGAAUGUAAACUGCAUGGAGGUGGGGGGUCUGUCCCUGAAGGAACCCCCUCAGCCCCAGUCCCGCUUGUCCCAAUGGACACACUCCAACUCCAUGGACAACCUCUCCGGCAACUCUUCAAAUUUGGAGAACAACCUCAAUAAGCACGGUGCCAUAUCUGCUGCCUCUACCCUGGUCCCCCCUGGGAAGCCCCCCCAGCUGGAGGACUCAUACAGCCCUUACAAUCUAAUCUCCAAUGCUGAGUCCCCCACCAGCCCCCUAGUAGCCCCUGACAGCUGGGGCCAGGGCAAGAGCCCCAAUGAAAAGAUCUCCAAUGGGACCAAUAUUAACUGGCCCCCAGAGUUCUGCCCAGGGGUGCCAUGGAAGGGCCUUCAGAACAUUGACCCUGAGAAUGACCCCAAUAUGACUCCUGGCAGUGUCCCCAGCGGCCCCACUAUCAACACCAACAUCCACGAUGUCAAUCGGUACCUGCUGCGAGAUAGGAAUGGAGCCACUUCUCCAGACUCUCCACUUCAGAAUGGCUCUCUGCCUCCAAGCAGCAGUGACUGGCCAGUCAGUGGUUACUCUAGCUCUUUCAGUCUGUCAUCCUGUGAUGGAGACAGCUCAGGUAAACUGUCUGACAUGAAAUCCACCUGGUCCCAAGGGCCCAUCUCUCAGAGCCAAGCGUCUCUGUCCCAUGAGUUGUGGAAAGUCCCUCAGGGUCCGCGCAGCACCACGGCCCCAUCAAGGCCUCCUCCAGGCCUCACAAACCCAAAGCCCUCCUCCACCUGGGGUGGCAACUCAUUGGGUCUGGCCCAAGGCUGGAGCGGUUCCUAUUCUUCUGAGGGAACCACAUGGAGUACUGACAGCUCCAAUCGGACCAGCAGCUGGCUGGUGCUGAGGAAUCUCACCCCACAAAUUGAUGGUUCAACUCUGCGGACCCUGUGCAUGCAGCAUGGCCCCCUGAUCACAUUCCAUCUUAACCUGACCCAGGGGAAUGCUGUGGUGCGCUACAGCUCUAAGGAUGAAGCUGCGAAGGCUCAAAAAUCCCUGCACAUGUGUGUGCUGGGAAACACCACAAUCCUGGCAGAGUUUGCUGGUGAGGAGGAGGUGAACCGCUUCUUUGCACAAGGCCAGUCGUUGGGGGCAAACACCACGAGCUGGCAGGCCAACCCGGGAAACAAUCAAAACCGGAUGGGCGGGGCAACGCAGUCCCACUCAAUUGGCCAGUGGAGCAGCGGUACUGGUGGAGGCAAGGCCAGCGGAGGAGACCUGCUGUGGGGCGGAGUGCCCCAGUACUCCAGCCUGUGGGGGCCGCCUAGUGGAGAGGACGCCCGUGUGAUCGGGAGCCCCACUCCCAUUAACACCCUGCUGCCUGGAGAUCUGCUGAGUGGGGAGUCCAUGUAGGAUGAUGCCACGACACACUAACCAACCAACCCACCACCCCCAUGUCAUGUAAGCUAUUGGUGGAAGGUGGGGUGGAAAAAAAACUAAAAACAAACAAAAAAAAAUAGAUAUGAACAGGAGCAAAACCCAAGCAAAUCAUGUGGCGAUAAUCAGUAUCAAUUUGAACUGUUUUGAACUGUGAAUUGUGAAUCAGAAGGCUGUGGUCCCUACCACACAGACUGAAGACCCAGUCCUUCUGCUUUACUUGGUCCUUUUUUUGUUAGGUUUACCUUUUUUGGGGGAAAAAAAAAUGUUUUUCCUUUUGGUAUUUUUGAAAUGCAUCAUAUAAAAGAAACUGAAAUGAGACACAACGCAAAGAAACCUUUUAAGUGUUUUUAGUUUUUCCAUAAGUAUACAUGACAUUCUGUGUGAAGUGUUUUUAGGAGAAGCAAUCAAAGCUGCCAUCUGAGACUUUCCUUUUCCCUCCCCAAAAAAAACCCAAAAUAAGACUUAAAAAUGACCAUUCCCAGCAUAUCCAUGGCCAAUGAUGUUGUUCAAAGACCUUUACUAGUUAUGUUAAUGUUUGUUUCUCAGCACUAAUAUUAGCCUUAAGUGCUCUCUGGCCCAGGUCCUUCCCAAGCCGCCUUUUUUUAGUUUGUUUUGUAACUGAAGAAAUAGCUGAAAUCUUGCACAGUUUCACCUCUGAGCCAGCAAGUUGAACAGGACACGACUGGUGACCAACUCUGUCACUGGACAGUAAGAAGGCCUGGCACCGUGACUGGCCCUACCAAUCAUCUGCUUAAUUAUUUAAAUUGUCUCCAAGGAAUUGACACAGCCGUUAAAUGUUCUUUUUUUUUUUAAGGUUGAAGUCCAGGCAAAUUUUUUUGACAUCUAUCACGACAUAUAAGCUGAGAGAAGAUUAUCUGUCAACCUCGCUGCGUGUGUGCAUUUCCUUAUGUAUGUCCAGUGGAACCUAAUCAUUGACGUCUGCAAGCCCAGAUAUUCAACUCGGAACCCGGACGCUCACUGGUGCUUUGUCGAAUUUUCUAUUGUCUGAUUUGUUAUGAAGCCCAGCAACCUCUAUGGUCAUCCAACAUGCGGAGGAAAAAAAUAACUCAAUUUUACUUUCUAGUGACAGUUACAUUGUGCAAUAUACAUCAUAGACCUUUCUUCCGUCCAUACUCGAUGUCCACCAGAGCUGGUUUGUCUUUUUUUCUUUUCCUUUUUUUUGUGGAUUGUUGCUGAUUUCAGCAGGACUUUGGAACUUCAAAAACCUUACCCCUUUUCAAAACUUGGAUUCCCUCCAGGCCAACAAUCCCGCUGAAACUGUUGGGAAAACUCUGCAAAGAGGAAGAAGCAGCUGUUGAACUGUGCAUGCAGCAAACUGUACUGAAAAAAUGACACUGGGUACACAACAAUGCACACUUCCUCUCUGCGUGCCACAGCCACACCCAACAGAGACUGAAACCACAGUGGGAUUGGAUGGUUCUGGGUAUCUGGCACAAUACCAAAUAAGAGGGGUUUCUCCUAAUGCAGUAGACCUACGAGUGUUCCUUGCGUUUGGUACUGUACAAACAGAAGAGACUAAGACUUUUAUAAAUUCAAAGGGUUUUAUCAUAGCACUUAUGAAGAGCAAAUCGCUUCAACUGCAAUCCAAUAAAUCAAAAAAAAAAAAGGAGCAGCAAAAACAUUGAAAACAACAAAAAAAAUACUGCUCUUUUAUGUACUGUAUCUAUUCCAUGGAAAUGUGUGUGGCGUUGUUCCUCUGGUAGCAGGAUGAAGGGAAACAAAACUGAAAUGUACCAUUGGACUUUGGGGGAAAAAGCUUCUCUGAACUAUAUCAAAGUGAAUAUCACUGUUACUCCAAAAUCAUUAGCCUUGCUCUGUUUGGAGGCACUAGACUUGCAAUGUCAGCUGUCUCUGACACCUGCUGGCCAGCCAGCCAGUCAGUGGGUGAGUCGGAGUGGGGUGGGGCGUGGGAGAGUCCACUGAGUGCCUCUUUGCUGUGGUCCUUUGGGUGUCAUGUGACAGCCACACAGCGCAGCACUUCCUCCUGGGCUCCACUUGACCCUCCCUCAGUCUGACAAGAAACGCAGCUCCUCCAAGACUGGCCAAUCACGGCUCUCCAAUGGGGGCCCACCACCACCACUCGACCCUGCUGUCAUCCUGCCCUCUUCCCCAUCUCUCAGUUCUUUGACACAAAGAUCACUUUAGCUGGAAGAUGUAAUAGUCAUAUUUCUGGAAUUUUUGCCAGUGUACUUUGUAUUUUUUGGAAAUAUCAUUAGAUUUUUUUUUUUUUUUUUUUCAAUGUGUUAUAUUGUUAUUUUUGUCUACAUGCAGUGGUCUACAAAAUACUGGCUGCUGAACUAGCCCUUCACUGUUCAUAUGCAGAAACACUUUGGUCAGAGGUGCCUCUGUAUGCUCAUCCUGUGUAUUGAAUGCAAAAUGAGGAUCAAUACUACAGACCGUUAUUGAUUGUCUAUUUGUUUUUAACUGAUCAUGCUUUUGUGUUUGACAGUAUUCUGUAGUACUUCCAGGUAGUAUCUUGAGAUGUGUAAACAAAAAAAAAAACAAAAACAAAACAAAAAAAUAUGAGGUGUCUCAGACGGGGAUGUGGGUGUUUGUCGCUCCAAGCUGCUCCGCCUGCUUGCAGGCUGUCCCCCCUUGCCCUUUGCCUAGCUGCUACGCUAAAACCUCCUCCUCCUCCUCCACCUCAACCAGACCCAGUAGCCCUCCCCUGACCAGGCACCAACAGGCCCUCGUAUCUGUUUCUAUGCAAAAGACUAGAGGCUGGGGCCCUUUACAAUACGCCAAACCUGACUCGGGAACGAGCACUCCUCCCAGAGCUUGGCAUACCCUAACCAUUGUCCCCCGUGCGCUCUUGUCAGCACUUCAGAAUGGCCACAGUUUCUGUAAAGUCAGGCUAAGCCACCAGAACACUGUCAUAUACUAAAGUCAGAACACUUAAUCAAAGGUCGGCCUUUCUCUCUACGCUGACAACACUUCUGUCCAGCUUGAUCUCAGGGUAGGGGAGUUGAUGAUACCAAGUAUGAGAUGCAGCUCUCCGUAUCUGUCCUUUCUACUGUGAGAGCUUAAAUUAAAACGGCCAUCUGCGCAACAAUAUGUACAGACCUCACGCCUCGAAAUUGAAUCUUUAUUGGAAAAGGCCUGUAUUGAAUCCUUUUCCCAAAAGGUGGCCUAUUGUUACUGUUUGGGGGGGACAUUAUUGCAUGUUGAAGAUGCCAACGUAUUGUGCCAAUAUAAAUUUGCUGUGUCAUACUGUAUCUUUAUAGAGAGCACUUCUGUUCCCUGUUUGGAGGAGCUUUGAUAACCUUUGCAGAGGGAGCAGCGGGGGACAGGAGGGAACAAACAAAAGGGCGGCAACAUCACACCCUUCAAUGACUGAGAUUUUUUUUAUGCUUUGUGGGGAAUGCCCCAUGCUAAGGAGAAAAUCUUUACUCAGUUGGGGGUUCCAGUUUGCUACAGUGCACAGUUGAUGAUGGGUAAUCCCGGGUACAUAUUUUUUUAAAACCAAAAAUGAAAUCGCAUUUUAACGUCAUUUUUAUGAAGUUUGACAUAAAAACCUUAAAAAUGCUAAAAAAUUUAAAUGAAGAAAAAAAAAAAAAAAGAUCUAUAAUAUGUUAAAGCUCUGCACUUCUAGCUGAAACGUCUCCGGCCACCUGCCUCUACUACCACCAUCUAAAGGAGUGGAGCGGUGGCCGGGGUGCCUUUUUGUGGAUGCUGUAUUUAUCUUGUUUUAUGUUUGUGUCCUGCUCAAAGCAGGGCCCACUGAACUGUACAUUUCCACAGACCCAGAUGGCUUGGGCCCACUGUAUCAGCCUCACUCUCUCAUCCCGCAACAGCGGGAGUGGAGAGGCACAUUUCAAGAGGUACAAAGUCUUAAAAACGAAGAAAAAAAAAAGCUUAAAAAAUUAAGAAAAAAAAAUAAACGGGAAAAGGCUACCUUUCAGGACUUGCAGUCCUGCAGCACACAAGCAAAAAUCACUAUUGCCUGUUUCUGUAACUGCCUUGAUCCAAGCUCAGACAGACCCAAUAGCCGAGGACCUCCCAGCAUCCUGUACUAACUGGAGAACCCUGACAGUGAAGGGGGUUUCCCAUGCUGCACCAGCAUCGAGAGGCUCUCCUCUCUACAGUUCUCUUCUAGAUAACAGUAUAUAUGUAUACACUACAUAUGUAUAUAUAUACAUAUAUAUAUAUAUAUAUACUGUGAGCACGGUGUGUGGUAUCACCUCUUCAGACUUCUUGGAUCGUAACCUCUGAAACUUUUCCUUUUUUUGUUUGAAACGUCUUGGUUUAAUACAACUGAAAAUGAGCAAUAUGUAUUUUCCCCGCAAAUAAGUGAUACAAAGGAAAGAAUUGGGGUCAGGUGUAAACUGAUACUUGAUUGAUUGAAAGCUGCGUCUUUCUUAUACGGAGAUGGAUAUGCACGUUUUGGUUCUGAUGACAUAUUACAGUACUCUGAAGUGCUUGUACUGUAUAUGUGUGUAUUUGUUUGUCAGUUAGCCUGUCUAAAAGCCCAACCUGAAUCACCUGGUUCAAUGCAUAUUUUUACCCAGUUGACUGAGAGAGAGAGACAGAGAGAGAGAGAGAGAGAAAAAAAAAAUCACAAACAUAUCAAAACAAAACAAAAAUAUUGAACAGAAAUACUUGAAUCAUGGAGCGCCAUUAACAUAAUGUGAAGUCAGUAAUUUUUUUUUGUUUUCUCCAUCUGACAGGUACACUUAGGGGCUUUUAGAGAAUAUCAAAUAUGUAUUGCAUUAAGUUACAAAUACAAAAUCUUUGAAAAAAAAAAAGUCAUCUUAGACGUGUGCUUGAAAGUCAGAUGUUCGUAUGAAUGUGUGCUCAACAAAUUGCGUGAGUGUGUACAGGACACAUGGCCUGCUGUUAUGUUCCACUCAGUAUAUUUUGUGUCCAUUUUUAUCUUUGUGUUCUGUCAAAAACUAUUCUGAUAGACAUCUUCUAACGUUGCACUGAGUGUCUUCUGCCCCUCACUCAGCUAAUCGUAGGUAAACGAGUCUAAGUACGGAGGGGUGACGGUGACAAUUCAUGUGUACAUGUUUACUCAAGGACUUUGUUUUUCAUUCUAUCUGUAAAAAGUUUAUCUACCUUAUAGUGGCUUUUAUUGUGGAAUAAUCCAAUACAAGGAUUAUCAUUGAGUAUUGCACCAUUUUGUUCCGAUUAUACAAGAAAAUGUAAAAAAAAAAUCUAAAAAUCUAAAAAUACAAAAAAAAAAAAAAAAAAAUCUAAAAAUAAAGAAAAAAACAAAACAAAGAACUGUGGCCAUAGCUAGCUGUAGAAGGACUAGUAAUCCCGAUGUUAACUUCAUGGAGAAAUGGAAAGGGAUAAAAUGUGGGAGGUGAGUUUGUUACAAGACUCAUUUCAGAGGUGCCUAUCUUUUCUUUUUUGUUUUGCAAAAGCCACCCGUCGUUUACAAGCAUUUCAUUUGUCUGAAGUUCAAGGAAAUAAGAAUUUAUAACAGGAAUGUUGUUUAAACAAAAAAAGGACAAAUUUCAUCUUCCAUCAAAUAUGGACAUGAAUAUCUUGCAAAAUGAAGAUUUAUGCUAUUUUCAAAACUCUGGGAUUGAUCAGUGUUGUCAUAUUUCAAUUUUGAGUUUCUCUUUUCAUUGUGGAUAGACUAUCUCUGUAUGUAUUAAGUUGUGAUUUUGUGUUUUCUGUAAUACUGCGAUGCAGUUUGCUCACUAUCUUGCACACUCAUAAAAGAUGUGGAUUUUGUCUCAGGAAGGCCAGGGUUCCAGAUACCAACUCCAUCAUUUCUAGGUUUAAUGUUUGUGUGUGUGGGGAGGGUGGGGUGGGGGGGGCAACUGAAAUCUAUUAAACUCCAAGCAAGCACUGAAGUUCAUGAGUUAAACAGAGUAUAGAGUGUACCAUUGUUUCUUUAAAAACAACAUUAAAAAAAUGUUUGUAGCAAGUUACAUAUUUACCAAAUAUGACUGAGAAUCAACUUUGAGAAAAGUGGAGUGCUUUACAUGUGAAAUCUAAGUAGAAAUUGCUUUACAUUUAAACAAUGAUCAAUGGUCUGAUUGUCAAAAAGACAGUGACAGAAAAAUGCAUUUGUAUGUUUUGACCUUGUUUCCAUCCUGUAGUUCAGGAGCAUUGUGCAAGAUUUUUUUCUUUUUUUAUUUCUUUUUUUUUUUUUUUUUUCAAUCAUCUCUCCUGUCUGUUACAAUGUCUGCCCCCUUGACAGGCUUUGAAUAGCUGAGAGAUUUCUUAACAUGUGAGAAGAGAUGGUUUUCAGAGGCAGUUUGAAGUGGAAUAAAGCUGGUUUUAGGAUCAUGAUCUAUGCACAAGUGGGAGGGAGGAGUAGAGGCGUCGCCGCUGCACUGCGGCUGCUUGUCCACUCAGACUCUGGGGUUCAGGGUUUGAUGUAGGGUUGGUUUAUUUUCGUGUGUGUGUUUUGCUCAAACUUCUUCCACUCCCCCCCCUCGCCAUUGCCAUCUAAUGUUUUAGCAAAACUUUACAUUGCGUCGUCAUGCUGUGUAAUCCUUAACCAAUGAGCGCUUAUCCUUCUGCUAAAGCACUGUGGGUUGUACUGAGUAAAAAACAAAAGCCCAAUGACUUUUGAGGCGGUCUGUUUUUUAAGGGGAAGUGUAUGUGGGGUGGGUGGGGGGGAGACUUUGCCUUUGCCUUUCUCUUUACUUUGGAAAAAAAACAUUAAGGAAAAAUGUCUGUAACUGAAAUACAAAGUUGUGGCUUUUAAUGUUGUUCUUUUUUCUCCUCAUAGAAUGUGAUUGUUAAAGACAUGCACCAGAAAAAAAUGUUUCCAUGAUUAAUGGAGCUUCUUUCGGACUAUAUUAAUAAAUUACAAAUUUUCUUGGCUGUU